AAAAUCGUAUUGUAAAUUUAAAAAAAAAAAAAAAUAUUUAAAAUUAAGAAAAUUGUUGUUUUUUGUAUUAUUAAAAAUAAUGAAAGAAAAAUCCGAUUCAAUCGAUGGAAAAUUUCGAUUUAUUUGCAAUGAGUUAAAUCGAUAUCGUGCCAUAUCCAGUCCAUCCUUAAAUGAAUCCUCCUUAGAAAAUACAAAUGCAAAGAAAUCUGAUGUUAGUCCUUAUACAACAACAAUUAGUGUAAAUGGUAAUAAUCAAAAUGGUGUUUUUUAUAAAUUUCGUAAAACAUUUGAACAUUUUAAACAAUGUCCACCAACAUCCAUCCAUACAUCAACAUCUGGAACAGUUACAACAGCAACAACAAUAAAUGAUAAUAAAAAUAUUAAUAAUAAAUAUAAUAAUGAUAAUAAUAUAAUUGGAAAAAAUUUUACGCAAAAAAAUUUAUUAGAAGAUAAAAUUAAUAUAAUACCAACAAUAAUAACCGCAACACAAGGUACCACAACAAAUUUAUUAAAUAAUUCAAAUCAAUUGACAACAGAAUUAAAUACAAAUAUAAAUAACGGUGGUAAUAGUAGUAAUAGCAGUAACGGUAGUUUUAAAAAUCGUUUUGGUGCAUCAAUUUGGCGUAAUAGUCAAGAACGUCGUAAAACUAAAUUUAAUCGUAGAGAUAAAUGUAAUUCUGGUGAUUCUGGUAUACAAAUUGAAGCUGAAAAUGAUGAAAAUUUCAUUGGAAAUAUUGGUGAUGAUGAAGAUUUUGAAAUUGAUACAAAUUCUAUACCAAAUAUAAGUGUUAGAAGAAGUAAUUCAGCUCGAUCAACAACUAUAACAUCAAAUUUAUCUAAUGGUAAUUGUAAUGUAAUUCUUUCAUCUGAAAGUUUUCGUACACCAAAUAAACGUAAUAAUAUGUAUUACAAUAAUCCACAAUCUGGUUCAGCAUCAGCAAAAUCAAAAGCACUUAAAAAAGUUCAAAAUUCCGAAAAUGGUUCACAUAAAACAUCACCAAAACCAAAAAGAUCAUUAAGUCAUCCAGGUUUAGAUCAAAUGACUAAAUAUGCAGAUGAUAGUGAUACUGAUAGUAUUUCAUCCCAUCCAGAUGAUAAACGGCCAUUAUUUGCUGAAGUUCUUAAUCAAUUUACACCAGCUGGACCACAAGAGUUAGCACUUGAACCAGGUGCAUUAGUAGAAAUAAUACGUCAAGAUGAUGGUCCAUGGUGGUAUGGUAAAAUAAAACAUGAUGAAAUUAUUGAAAAAAUUUUAGAACCACAACAAGGUUGGUUUCCAAAAGAUUUUGUACGUCUUUUAAAUCCAUUUAUGCAAACAUCAGAAACUGAAAAUGAUUUUAGUCAAAAUCAAUUAAAUCAUAAAACAUCUUUAACAUCAGUUGUUGAAUAUAAUAAUACAUCGGUUAUUAAUUGCUGUGAUAAUAAUAUAAAUUCAGAGGAUAAAAAUUCAUCAGAUUCCACUAUUACAACUACUAAUACUACUACUAUUACAAAUUCAAAUAUAUCUUCAAGCCAAAUAAAUUCAACAUUUCAAGAAUUAUCUCAAAAUAAUUGUAAUGAUAAUGAAAAAUUUAUAAGAGACCAAUUAAAUAUUGAACAAACAUCAUCAUUAUCAUCAAUAUCAUCAUCAUCACAACAACAUCAGCAACAACAACAACAACACCAAGAUCAACAAAAUUCUAUUAUAUCAAAUUCAUCAUCUAGUCAACAAUCAAUUACAUUAUUAGAGGGCAACAAUUUUAUUAAUAAUGAACAAAUAAUUCAAAAUGAAACAAAUAAAAUAAAUAUGGAAUCAACAUCAUCAUCAUCAUGUACUAUUAAUCCAUUUAAUAUACAACAUAAAAAUUUAGUCUCGAAUAUAAAUGAGAAUUUAAGACAAAAUGCUAUUAAAGAAUUAUUGGAAACUGAAAUAAAUUAUGUUAAUUUAUUGUCAACACUUUGUUUAGGAUAUUUGAAAGAAAUGCGAAAGAGAAUAGAUAUAUUCUCACCGGAUAGUUUAAAAAUAAUUUUCUCUAAUAUUGAAGUUGUUUGGGAAUUUCAGAAAACAUUUCUAGAAGCAUUAAAAAAAGGCGUUGAAAAGGAUAGUAUCGCCCAAACUUUUAUUAAUUAUCAAAAUGGAUUUUCAGUUUAUUCAACAUACUGUAAUUCAUAUCCACGUGCAUUAAUGGAAUUAGAAACAUAUUCUAGUAGUAAGGAAGCAAAAUGUAUAUUUGAAAACAUUCGAGUUGCUCAAAAUUUAUCUCAUUUACCAUUAUCUGCUCAUUUAUUAGCACCAAUUCAAAGGAUAUGUCGUUAUCCUUUACAUUUAACUGAAAUAGUCAAACAUUAUCCAUCCAAAGGAGGAGAUAUUGAUAUUAAUAAUGAAAAAUUAAAUAAAAAUGAUAAAAAUACAAAUGUAAAUACAGGAAUAAUUCAAAGUCAAUUAUAUAAUUCUGGUCAAUCAACAAUUGUAUGUGGAAAUUAUUGUGAUAAUAAAGAAAAUUUUGAAGCUGCCCUUAAUGUUAUGAAAAAAGUUACAGAAAAUGUUAAUGAAGGUAAACGACAUAGUGAGAAUUUGAAUCGUUUUCAAUCAAGUUUCGAAAAUUUUCAAGGACCACCGAUUGCUUGUCAUAGUACAAGAUUUUUUAUGCAAACCGAUGCCACUAGAAUUUCACCAAAUUUAUGGAAUAAUACAUAUACAUUAUUUUUAUUUGAUCAUCAAUUGAUUUAUUGUAAAAAGGAUAUUCUUAAACGUAAUCAUUAUAUGUAUAAAGGAAGAAUAUUCUUAGAUAGUUGUCGUAUAUUAAAUUUACCAGAUGGUAAAAUAUUUGGUGUAUCAUUAAAAAAUGCUUUACGAAUAUAUUGUGAAACAUUAAAUAAAUGGUUUGAUUUUUGUUUUCGUAGUUCAAGUAGAAAACUACGUUUUUUAAGUACAUUAGCAAUUGAAAGACAAUUUUGUGGUACAAAUUUAUUUGUUUCUGAGCUUGUUGGCGGCAAUGAUCCUAAUGAAGAUGAUAAUUUAUCUGAUCGUGAAUAUCAUAGUGAUUAUGAUACACCAACACAUAAUUCUGAAACAAAUUUAAGUUCAUUAAAUUGGAAACAGAAUAUAUUUAAUAAUGGUAGUGGUGGCGGUAAUGGUGGUAAUAAUGAUCAACAGAUUAUGAUCGAAAAAUAUUAUGAAACAUUACCAAAAAAAUCAAAAAAAUUUAAAAAACAUGGUAUUUCAAGUACAUUUGGUAUGAAUUAUCAACAAUAUAGUAAUAAUAGUACUGCAAUGAAUAGUAAUAGUCAUAGUAAUAAUAAUCAAAAUGGUUCAUUAGGAAGACGUAAAAUUGGAAGUUGGUUCCGUAAAUCAAAAAGCACAAAUACAACCCCAAAUCAAUCACCAACUCAUAAUCCAAUUAGUAAUAAUCCAUUAACUAUAAAUACUGACAACAAUUUAUUACAUCAUACGAAUAGUAGUCCAGCCUUAGAUGGAGGUCUUUUAAUUGAGACUUGUAAAUCUGUAACAAAUAUAUCGACUGAUGCAAAUUAGACUUUAUUUAAAAAAAUAUGAAGAAAAAUAAUUUAAAAUUUUAAAAUUGAAAAUUUUAUUAUUGAAUUAAUUAUAUUGAACUUAAAUAAAAUUUAA